AUGAAGCUUACGGUACUGAUUUUCGCGUCCCUCUACGCUGCAGUGGAAUGUGGUUUGGUGCAGGGCUACUCCUUGCUCACUCCGGGACCCUCUGGUUUCGGUGGUUUCGGUGGGAGCAGUAAUGCUAAGGUCACACAUUCACGUAUCAACGCACGCACGCCCACGCAUGAGCGGAAAUUGCCCCGUCCCAUUGGACCGCCAGCUAACAUUCCCCUGCCCAAGGUCGAGCACAAUAUCCUGUUCGUGCGUCUGCCAGAGGGCGGCGGCGACCUGGAGCCAAUUGUCGUACCCCCGCCCCACCAGAAGAACAUCGUGUACGCCCUAAAGAAGGGAACUGCAGUCGGUGGACAGAAGGUCAUCAACGUCCCAGCACCACCCAAGAGCCAGCCUGAGGUCUACUUCGUCAAUUACGGCGACGGCCAGAACCCGACUCUCCCAGGAGGCGUGGACCUCCAAACGGCUCUAAACAGCGCCGUUCAUCAAGGGGUCGGGCAGGUCAUUGGAGGUGGAUCGGGUGGUGGCAUCUCUGGUGGCAUUAUCUCCAGAGAUGGCAUCUCUGGCGGUAUCAUUUCAGGUGGCAUUUCUUCUGAUUUUGGUGUUUCUGGAGGAGGGGGCAUCAUUCCUGGAGACUCCAUCAGCGGCAGCAGCAUCUCUGGAGACUCCACCAGUGGUAGCAGUAUCUCUGGAAACUCCACCAGCGGUGGCAGCAUCUCUGGAGGCUCCAUCAGCGGUGGCAGCAUCUCUGGAGACUCCAUCAGUGGUACCAGCAUCUCUGGAGGCUCCAGCAGCGGUAGCAGCAUCUCUGGAGACUCCAUCAGCGGUACCAGCAUCUCUGGAGGCUCCAGCAACGGUGGCAGCAUCUCUGUCUACACCGCGGUAGCAGCAUCUAUGGAGACUCCAUCAGAGGCAGCAGCAUCUCUGGAGGUUCCAUCUGCGGUGGCAGCAUCUCUGGAGGCUCCAGCAGCGGUGGCAGCAUCUCUGGGGACUCCAUUAGCGGUAGCAGCAUCUCUGGAGACUCCAUCAGCGGUACCAGCAUCUCUGGAGACUCCAUCAGCAGUGGCAGCUUCUCUGGAGUCUCCAUCUCUGGAGGCAUCUCAUCUACACCCUCUGGUCUCCACUCCCUUCCUUAAACAAUGA